AUGAGAAGCAAGAGGAUCGCCCACUUCAGAAAGAUUAGAGAUACCCGAAUCGCCGGUUCAAGAUCUCCCGAUGCUCAACAACUUGGAUGUUUCUGUCCGCAAGACCAUGAGUCACCGCAGGUAGCCUACGCGUUUUUGCUUGAUCUCCAAUUGGUACCAGUUACCAGUAGUUGGUUGAUAACAGUUGACGGUAUCAGACAACUUCUGCUUGAGUCUGAUCCCGGGUUUAUCAUGUCUUCGACAAAUCAAUUGCUCCACAGGGCCCAGAUAGGAAUAGUGUCUGCUAUCUGGGAGUUUAACCGAGUGAAUUUCGAGUCUUCCAAAAUUCGUCAGGAUGUUUGGGAUUUAGGCCAGACUCUUACUGCCAUCACAGAAUCCAAGCCAGGCCAGCGGGAUACUAGGGACCUAAUCUCAUUGGUGGGUAACGACGAUAUAAUAGAGGAUACGAUUUCAAGUGCCUCUGGGACAGAGAAUUCAUCAUGCACAAUCGUUUUACAAACUCCAGCCGAAGCAUCUGAAUGUCUUACCUUGGCCGAGGCUGUUAUCAAAGCUCUGCAAUCUAAUAUAGACUCCAACGGUAUUAAGGCCGUGCUUGUUACGAAUCCUCCUGAGCGUGUGCGAAAAGCACUCAACAAAGGCAUUGAUGGGUUUUCCGCUAUUUUUGAAGCAGUCAAACGGAACGAUGCUGAUAUCAUAGAACUACUCGUUGAAAAUGGGGCCAACCCAAAUGCAACAGAGCAUAAUUCCGAUAUCCCGCUUCUUGCAUUUGCAAUUUUGCGAGAUGCGACAAUUACAGUUAUACAAACGCUCCUGAGUCUGGGAGCGAAUCCUCAUUCUAUUCCUCGAGACUUGUGGGGCGGAUCCAUCUCCGGGACAUUCGACAACGAGACUGAGUUGCUACCUGGCAAUUUAACGCUAGAUACUCGCUGGUACAAUAGAUUACAUCGUGCCUCACUCCUGAAGCGACUGGAUUUUGGUUUAAGAUACCAUCUCCUAGCUUCGAGCAAAUUAGAGCCUCCAACCAAGAAGGAACGACAGAAUGCCGAAAGAUUAGGCAUCAUAUCUCUCCUCCAGUUACCUUAUUUCUCUGUCGGGCAAAGACUUGCUAUAAAACUUGUCACGGAAUAUGUCCAAUCUCAUCUUUUGCUUCCCAGCAGUAACCGGCCAUUAAUGCUGGCAUUUGUUGGUCCUCCAGGCCAUGGCCAGCUGAAGCUCGCUGCCAGCGUUGGCAAAAUAGUACCUUUUAACUCAAUUGUUGCGCGCACGAAAAUGAUGAACAAUUAUUCUGCUAAUGAGCAGAUACCAGGUAAAGAAAUCUUCACCAACCAACCUAGCAGAUUAGAGGUGGUUUAUAUCGAUGAUAUCGACAAAAUUGGUCGGUUGAAUCUAAUUACCCUCCCAAAUGGUCCUACACAAGCUAGCUCGAAAACUAUCUGUAUUCUUUCUGUAACUGACGGUGAGAGCACAAUUCUCGACUUUCACGAAACAUACCUCGGAAACACCUCCAAGGACGAAUUACACUCCGCCCCUUGGGACGAACUGGAUAAAGCGUUGAAGAAGGACCUCUUAAAAAGCUAUGGGUCCUCCCUAACCAGCCAUAUUGAUGCCAUAAUCCCGUUCUUCCCCUACUCCGAUUCCGAAGCCGGGGCUUUAGCAUAUAAAUAUAUCAACGACCUACGUUCUCGUCUAGCUAAUGCCGACGUAGGCGACAAUGCCUAUGCGGCAAAACCUGCAACUGCAAACGCAUCCACAUUCUUAGGCGCUAUUCAUCUCGAUCUUGAAGGAGACGACAGGGCGAUCUGUGAGCAUAUUGCGGAGAAGAGCUAUGACAUAAGUCUCGGGGAACGGUCUAUUCAGCAGGGGGUUAUCAGGGAAAUCCAGCUCCCGGUUAUCGAGCAGUGGAUAAAGAAGAUUCCUGAGGCUGAGGAGAGCUUCCGGGGAUAUGGACGGGCACCGUGGUGUUCCGGGUUGGAUUUGGGGAGCCCCCAUUCCUCUACCUCCAUGUCUAUAUCGGGUGGUGCACAUUCCCUAUCUGCUCGGGGGGUCACAAAAGCUGUUGUUAAGUUGGUGGCGAACGAGCACCCCGAUGUGAUGGGUACAUUUUCUCACGUCUGGUGCUGA